AUGUCCAAUUCAACACCACCAGUGGCUGAUUCUGCGACGCGAGAUGUGGAGGAACUUGACGCGCUUGUCGUUGGGGCUGGCUUUGGCGGAGUCUACCAGCUUCAUCGAUUGCGUAAGGAAGGGUACAAGACCAAGUUAGUCGACUUCGCCUCUGAUUAUGGCGGUGUUUGGUUUUGGAACCGAUACCCAGGGGCACGUGUCGACAGUACCAUUCCUCACUAUGAGUUUUCAGAUCCGGAUCUAUGGCGUACAUGGUCGUGGACACAACGCUUUCCCGGCUCUGCAGAGCUGCGAGAAUAUUUCCAUUUUGUUGCGGAUAAAUGGGAUCUUCGAAAGGACACAUAUUUUAACACGCGGAUCAGCGCAGCCGAGUGGCAGGAUGACCUGGGAAGAUGGUUGGUCACUGCUUCUAACGGGAAGCAGUUCGUCGCAAAAUACUUCCUCUUGAACACCGGAUUCGCCGCAAAAAGGCACAUCCCAGACUGGAAGGGUAUCGACAAGUUCCAAGGGACUUGGAUUCAUCCGUCAUACUGGCCCGAAAAGGAGCCUGAUCUGAAAGGCAAAAAAGUCGCGGUCAUUGGCACAGGCUCAACAGGUGUUCAACUCGCUCAAGAACUCAGUAAGACAGCUGGUGAAUUUGUGCUCUUCCAGAGGACGCCAAAUCUUGCCCUGCCGAUGAAGCAAGUCGAAUAUGGCGCUGAUGAACAGGCUUUCCCAAGGGAGAAGUACGCUGAAUUCUUCCUGGAUAGGGUUCAGAGUUUUGGAGGGUUUUCGUUCAAUUUCCUCCCUCGAGGUACAUUCGAUGACACCCCUGAGCAGAGAAAGGCUACUUUUCAACAAUUGUGGGACGAAGGUGACUUUCACUUUUGGCUAGCUACAUACUAUGACAUGUUGUUUUCUUGGGAGGCUAACAAGGAGGCCUAUGAGUUCUGGCGGGACAAGGUCCGAGCUCGGAUUAGGGACCCCAGGGUUAAGGAGAUUUUGGCUCCUGAAGUUCAACCCCAUGCAUUUGGUUGCAAGCGAAUCUCAUUGGAGAAUGGGUUUUUCGAGAUAUUCAACCAAUCCCACGUCUCCUUGGUGGAUAUGAAAAGUACACCCAUCGUUGAGGUGACUGAGAAGGGAAUCAAGACCACCGAAAAGCUAUGGGAAUUUGACUAUGUUGUCUGUGCUACUGGAUUUGACGCCAUCACUGGCGGGUUGAACGAUAUUGAUAUUCGCGGACGACAUGGUCGAAGGCUUCUCGACAAGUGGAAGCAAGGAGUCCAAACAUACCUGGGACUCGCAGUUUCUGGAUUCCCCAACAUGUUCUUCACCUACGGACCCCAAGCACCAACGGCACUAUGCAACGGACCCACUUGUGCUGAGUUACAAGGACAAUGGAUUGUGGACCUGAUGAAUCAUAUGCGCCAAAAUGACUUGAAGUCCUCCGAUGCUCAAGAAGAUGCCGAAGUCAAAUGGGCCACGCUUGUCAAGACUAUCGCCAACUCUUCAUUGCUCCCAACAGCGAAAUCCUGGUACAUGGGAGACAAUAUCCCAGGUAAAGUGAGAGAACCUUUGAUAUACCUAGGGGGCGUUCCCACGUACUAUAAGGCGAUCAAUGAAUGUGCAGUGGAUGGUUAUACGGGCUUUAAUCUGUCAUAG